CAGCUGGCUCGCUAAAUGCUAGGCGCUGACUAGCUACUGUAAUCUGGACACGGUCGUCCGGAUGGCAGCGAGAAGUAAACGGUCUUCGAAAGCUCUAAAAAUCGGAGGGACACACUCUGUCUCCAAAGCCAGAUGACAUAAUAUUGAUAUCUGCCAUUCUUUCCGUUUCAACUCUCUGCUAGCUAUAGCCACCUCGAUCGCCGAGACAUUUGCUUUUGUGCAAACAGGAAAAUAUGGACUUCAGCGUCAAAAGAUUAGCAGCUGACGCCGGCACUUUCCUUAGCCGAGCCGUACAGUUUACAGAGGAAAAACUUGGACAGGCUGAAAUAACCGAGUUGGACGCCCACUUGGAAAACCUCCUCACCAGAGCAGAAACCACCAAGCAAUGGACGGAGAGAAUAAUGAAACAGACAGAAGUUUUACUGCAGCCCAACCCAAAUGUCAGAAUAGAGGAGUUCUUGUAUGAAAAACUGGACAAGAAAGUCCCGACGCGGGCCAACAACCGUGAGCUGCUAGGCGAGUCCAUGAUUGACUCUGGGCAUGAGAUUGGGCCAGGAACGGCUUAUGGAAGUGCACUCAUAAAGUGCGGCCAGACAGAGAAGCGGCUCGGAGGCGCGGAAAGAGAGUUCAUUCAGAGCUCAGCCAACACUUUCCUCACGCCCCUCAGGAACUUCAUUGAGGGCGACUACAAGACCAUCUCGAGAGAACGCAAGCUGUUGCAGAAUAAGCGCUUGGAUCUGGAUGCUGCUAAAACCAGAGUGAAGAAAGCCAGAGUGGCUGACGCCAGAUCAGCAGAACUAAACUCAACUCCCCCGCUGGGAGAGGAGUACGGGGUCCACUUUUCCUACAUGCUCAGCUUCUUGCAUGUGAAGUGGCUGAAGAUGUGGGCACAGGAGGUGACACAGGCGGAGACGGAACUGAGGGUGACGCAGAGCGAGUUCGACCGGCAGGCGGAGAUUACCAGGCUCCUGCUGGAGGGCAUCGGCAGCACGCAUGCACAUCACCUCCGCUGCCUGAAUGACUUUGUAGAGGCCCAGAGCACGUACUACGCACAGUGCUACCAGUACAUGGUGGACCUCCAGAAGCAGCUGGGAAGCUUCCCCUCCUCGUUCUCAUCCAACAACAACCAGUCCGGCAUCUCGGUGCCCGCGGUCUCCCCGUCGGUGUCCCUCCCGUCGCUGGCGCCCGCCCCCAGCGCCGGCUCCUCGGCCCUCGGCGAGCUGCGGGGCUCGGGCGGGAGCCGCAAGGCGCGGGUGCUGUACGACUACGACGCGGCGAGCAGCAGCGAGCUCUCCCUGCUGGCGGAUGAGGUCAUCACAGUGUCUAGCGUCCCGGGGAUGGACUCCGAUUGGCUGAUGGGAGAACGGGGGGCGCAGAAGGGCAAGGUGCCCAUCACCUACCUGGAGCUGCUGAACUGAGUGCUCGGCGCUGGCUGCGGGGGGAGGGGGGGGGCAGCGGACCCCUGCCGCUGCUUCACUCCCACACGCGCUCAGCUUUGCACCAAGUCUUCCGCACUGCCAAGUCUUACGGGUGUCUCUGACUCCAAGGCCACGUGACCAGCGGUAUGCCAGUCCACCUCACGCGGCAAAGUUCUUCCCAGAGAUUUCAAUUUACGUGCCAAAUGGACAUUUUGCUUUUUUACGUGAAUAUUUACGUAGUUCGGGUGUUGGCCAUGGUGUUCUGUAGUGCGCAAAAGAGAUAUUCUUUCUGCCAAGUGUUCUUUCUGUAUUUCAGAGAUGCAAAAAAUAGAUUGAGCUUUUUAAGUUAUUUAAUCUUUGUUUAAUAGCAACACUGAUGUGUUGAAUAAUACUCUUGCAAUUUUAAUGCUCUUAAACAUGACGUUUACCGUGCUUAAGCGCAUUAACUUUCCCUUUAGAGUACUCUCAGUACAGGGAAAAGACAGGUUAAGAAUGGACCUCAUAACUCCUGAUAAAUGUACAUUCUGCCAUUUACUACAACCUGUAGUGAUU